AUGGAAUAUGAAACAUCAGAUGAUUCUUCCAAUUCAGAAAAUGGUUCUUUUACUAGUGAAUCAACUAUUCAUGAACAAGAGGUUAUAUCAAAAAAGAUUACUAAGCUUAAAAAGAGAAUCUCUGAAUUUGAAGAUAUUUCCACGGUAAAAGAAGUAACGCCAAAAAAAGGAAGCAAAGGAAAUAAAGUGCAUACUUUAGAAGACAAAUCGUCUAAUUAUAAAAACUCUAAUAUGGCAACGAGUAAAGUAAAAAAGGGGCAUAUUAUCGAAGACGAAUCUUCUGAUGAUAAAACGACAAUAAAAAAAGCAAAAAAUAGACAAAUCAUAAAUGACUUUUCUAGUUAUAAUGCUGAAAAAGGACUAUUAAAACAAUUAAAACGAAGAAUCUAUGAGACUCAUAGUGCUGAAAGACUUUAUCGCUUGUGUCCUACUACUGAAUAUCAUGAUAUGCCUCUUAUUGAGAUUAACAAAUACAUCGAUAAGAUCUCUGAAACACAAGAUACAACUGUUCCUACUAAUAAUAGAAUCAAAGCCCGUAAACCGAACGGUAAUAGUAAAAGAGCUAAAAAAGGAAAGCAUGUUAAUUAUAAUGCGAUCAACACUAAUGAAAGCGAUACAAAUUUAUCAAAAAAAAAUAUUGGAUUAGCACUUAAUAGUCGCGAGAUAUCCAAAAUUCAAGAUACAACUUCUUCUACUAAUAAUAGAACCAGUAAACCGAGUAGGAAAAAAGCUAAAAAAGGAAAACAAGUCGAUCACAAUGCACCUGCUAAUAAUCCGUAUGACAAUAGUAAAGGUACUAAAAAAGGAAAACAAGUCGAUCACAAUACACCUAUUGAUGUUAAUGAAAGUGAUCCGAAUGAUGCUAAAAAAGGAAAACAAUUCGAUCACAAUGCACCUAUCAAUAUUGAUGAAAGCGAUCCAAAUUUAUCAGAAAAAAAUAUUGGGCUAAUACUUAAUAUUGGUGAGAUUGAAAUGCUCGAAACUCAAGAUACAACUGCUCAUACUAAUAGUAGAACCAGAGCCCAUAAACCUAAAUAUAGAAAACAUGUUGAUCACAAUGCAUUUAUUGAUGUUGAUGAAAGUGAUUCAAAUAACAAUAGUAAAAAAGCUACAAAAGGAACCCGUGCUAAUCACAAUUCACCUAUUGAUUUUAAUGAAUAUGAUACAAAUUUAUCAGAAAAAAAUAUUGGAUCAGCACUUAAUGUUGGUGAGAUUACUAAUAAUAGAGUAAAAGACUGCAAACCUAAGAAAGGAAGAAAUCUUGAAAGUUCAAAAAAACUUGAUAAAGAUCUGCAAA